GUAAAGAAAGAACUGCUUUAAAAAUGUAAAAAGACCUACAAGCACUCGUAUUUACCGAAAUCGCGCAAACGCGUCAUGUGACGUCGGCCAUUUUGUGAGCGUCGUGUUCGACAAGAUGGCGUCGGGGACAGUGUUCCGGUUCCUUGUGCUGCUGUCGGCCCUCGUGUGGAUACUGGCUGCUGAGAACGAGACCAGAAGACGACGGGAACCCUGGACUAACCACAGCAGCUGGUUUAACAUGGGCUUACUGGAAUUCGAGAAGUGGUCUAACCAGCCGGGUCUGUUCAGUGAGAAGUCGCGGCUCUGCGGCAGGAUCCAGGGUUUGACUCCCGGGCAACGUCGCAUCUGCCGACGUCACAAGGACCACAUGCCAGCGAUAAGUGCUGGAGUCAAACAGGGGAUCCAAGAGUGCCAAUAUCAGUUCAAAGGACGUAGAUGGAAUUGUACCACCACUGCCGAUGAAUCCGUCUUCGGGCCUCUGACUUUGCUUGCCUCAAGAGAGUCAGCGUUUACGCACGCGAUCACGUCAGCUGGUGCGUCUUUGUACAUCGCACGAGCGUGUCGAGAUGGUCGGCUCACCAGCUGUGGCUGCAGUCGGUCGCAGCGACCCUCCACCCUACACCGCGAGUGGCUGUGGGCUGGCUGCGGCGUAGACCUGGAAUACGGAUACAGGUUCACAGAAGGCUUCAUAGACAUCAGGGAGCGAGAACGCAAGGUCAAGCGAGGCAGCAGAGAACAGGGUAGGCAGCUGAUGAACCGACAUAACAACGAAGCCGGAAGACGGGCCGUGAUAAAGAAGUCCAGAGUUACCUGCAAGUGUCAUGGCGUCUCAGGUUCCUGCAGCCUCAUCACGUGUUGGCAGCAGCUGGCUUCUAUAAGGGAGAUAGGCGAUUUCCUUCACGACAAGUACGAGGGUGCGACUGAGGUGAAAAUGUCGCGGCGUGGCAAGCUGCGGCUGAGCGACCCUCGGUUCAGCCUGCCCACCGCGCUAGACCUCGUCUACCUUGAAGAUUCGCCCAACUACUGCAUACGGAACGAAUCACUGGGAUCCCUCGGCACGACCGGAAGGGAAUGUAACAGGACAUCAGAAGGCAUGGACGGGUGUUCCCUUAUGUGCUGCGGCCGAGGGUACAACACGAAGAGGCUGACAGUGAAGGAACGAUGUCGAUGCAAGUUCCACUGGUGCUGCCGCGUGGAGUGUGACACUUGUAUUAGGAAUGUAGAAAUUUACACAUGCAAGUAGUAGAAAGAGAGAGAGGAAGCGUAUUUUCGCACUACUCCGAUCCCCUAUGUGACCCGUGGUACGGUCACGAGCAUUAAUAUGUUAUACACUUUGGUACCAUAUCACAUUAACUUUUUUGACAAAUUGAACUGUAAGUCUCACUAAAUGUCAAAUAUGUUAGUGCGACAGAGUCCUAAAGUGGGUACAUUAUAUUGUUCAUGACUGUACAACCGCUUUGAACAACUGGUACUUGUACCACAGGGUUUGGUUCUCCCGAUGGGCCAACCGUCCGAUGGUACAAUCGCAUUCCUAUGGUACAAUUGGGUCGUGUAUCUAUCUGCUAAAUAAAGACAGAUUUAAAACUAACGAAAAACAUUUUCCUUUUUUCUAUUUAACUUAUUUAUAAAUUUAAUAAAGAAAAACGUAAUAAUAGCAGGAGAAUGAAACGCCAUCAAACCGACAGCAAUCCACCAGUUGGAGACUUCUCCUGCAGAGUGUGCGGUAGAGUUUGCCGCUCUAGGAUUGGAUUGCACAGCCAUGAUAGAAAAUGCAUUUCUUCGAAGCAAUGACGUCAUAAAUCUUCUGAAACAGAUGUAUAAGGCCAAUGAUGACGUCACAGUGUGCUUUUUCAUACAAAUUCCAUAGUAAUCUCGUGUUUUGACAUUUAGUAAAAUAAAAAGUAACUGAUUUGACUUUUGGAAACUAUUAUUAACUACGAUAUUUAGUAACAACAAGAAACAAGAAACAUUUAUUAAGAAGCAGUGUAGGUACAUACAUGUAGGUUGUGUCAAACAUUAUAAAAUUGUCUCAACAGCAUGUCCAUGUCGGACGUACAAUAUUACAAAUAAGUACUUACUGACAUAGCUAAAGACUCCUGAUUAAAAAAUCUUAGUAUAUUAAUAAAGUACCUCGUUAUUUAGUAACUUUUCAAGUAGAUAGGCUUCGUAGGUAAGGUAGGUACUUAGUAGUUAUAUAUAACACCUAAGUAGUGUCGGAUCGCAAAGUAUUAUGAUCUCUUUAAAAUUCUCAUUACAAUAAGAUAAGUUUAAUUUUAUAGUAGGAUACUUAAUGAAGAUUUAUCGUAAGUAUUUUUUGUGUAAAGUAGGUAUUUAGAGGCUCAAUAAAUAUAAUGUUGGUACUUAGAUAUUUUGAUUUGAAAUCUAAACUUCCUUAUUAAGUUAUUUUUAUAUCGUAUCCUAAACCCCGUGGAUACC